AUGGCCGAGUUCACCUCCUUGCCCAACGAGAUCCUCAUCCUGAUUGCCGAGUCCAUCUGCAACCGCGAUGACCGCCUUAACCUAGCCCGUUGCUCAAAGCAGCUCUAUGAGACGUUAAUGCCAGUAGCAUUUUCCUGCAUCUCAGUUCCUCCAAGCCAUUCUCUAUGGAGGAUCAGCGUCCUGGUCCACCUCCUCUUACGAAAGCCCCAAUAUGCCGAAGCAGUUCGCAUACUGGAUAUGGGAGAGUGUGGUGACAACCCGUUUCGCAACUUCAGGUACAAAAGGAGGCUCAUACUGGAGGCUCUGAAACGCGUGACCUUGACUGAAGAAGCUCUGUCGGAUUGGGAGAACCGUCUGCGCGGGAACGGCAAAUACGGGCCUGGUGCACAGCAUGAUGGCUGGUGCGCGCUGCUGUUGACGACUCUGUCCAGCGUGGAAGUUCUCAAUAUAGGUCGGGGUGACGACACAAACCACCACCAACAAAUGGUUCUGGAUGGCGUCCUCCAUAAGAAAAAGCCGUUCGACAGACUGCCGAUCCUCCGACGACUGAGAGAAUUUGCAAUGAUGGACUCGGACAACCCGGGUGAGCACCUGCACUUUGGAGCUGGCAUCCCGCUAGAUCUCGUUUUGGCGUUCUUCGAAAUCCCGACAAUGCGCAAGCUUUCGUGCUACGAUGUCUUCAACCAGGGUCCGGAAAUCAGAGUUUCGGGCUACUCCAAUAUCACACAUUUCACAAUUAGGUCUAGCUUUUGCCAGAGCGGAUUCUCGGGCCUUAUACGCGCAUGCAAAGCUCUCAAAUCUUUUGUGUACGAGCACGUUCCAUCGGCCGAACCGCUCAACCUUCCAACACUCUAUCGCUCGCUCUGUAUCCACAAGGAAACAUUGGAAAAACUUGCAAUUUACCACGAGAUAUGCAGUUGGGACCCACAGCCGGAAGACAACGUUUUCCUAGGAUCGUUUGAGAAGUUUACGAGCCUGAAGAGCUUACGUCUCCGGGCAAACAACUUACUCAGUUGGACCGAAUUCAACGAGCCCGUACUCAACGAGACCGAACUCGACGAGAGUGAAUCCGACUCACGCCUCAAUAACCAUUUAUGGGGAACAAUUCCGGACGGUCUAGAGGACUUAACCAUUGACGAGUUUACCUGGUGUCCGUGCGUCCUGUCUCUGGUGGAGGUCAUCGAGGACAUCUAUCGCAACGCGUGCCCGGACGACAAACUCUUGGAUAGUCUAAGGAUCAAUGGACGAUUUGCAAAGGGCGAGAAGCCAGUUACGGCAGCUCAGGGGCCUGACUUUCUACUACCUGGAGCAGAGAGUAUUGGUAGUUUGCUACGUAGCUCUUGCGGCGGGCGUACAUCGUUUGCAAUGUAUGAUUCCUUCCUUGAAAAGACGUACGGCGAUGGACUCAUACCAGAGGCGUGUUACCGACGCCUCGCUGAAUCCUUGAUGGAUGUAACGGACUUACAUCCUUCGCAAUCCGCGAAGGACAAUGACGCGAUUGCUGUUUCCGUUUAUGUCGGCCAGGGACGUGAGAACUCCAAUUCCGAGCCCUUGACAAUCGAACACUUUCUCUAUACGUGGGUAGCCCACAGAAUAUUUGAUAUAUCAUUAUUGAGCAUGGAGAAGCCAGCAGCAGUUAUAGCAGCACAUGUCGCGUUGAUCCUGGACCGGGUGAACGUCCCAAGCAUCCUCUGGGGCUGGACAGCACUCGCGCUCCUGCAAAGGGAUAUGAAAUUCCCAGACAUAGAAUUCGUGAUCCCGGACGACGCCACCGCCUGGGCAGUCGCGGCCCUCGUCGCAGAAAGAUAUCCCCACUGCAGAAACCCAACCUGCAUGGAAUUCGACGAAGCACGCAUGCCAAACGCAGACCACAUCACCGUCGACGAGCGGCGUCGCUACCACGUGGUCGGAUCGGCACAUUUUCACGCCCCCUGGCGCGACGAAACGUACACCGUCACCCUACUCCGGAAAUCGGAAACGCUCUUCUGGCUGCCGGAUAUACCGCGCGGCGCACCGCACCAGAACAUGGACGUCAUGCUUUCGACGGACAGCACGGUUCCUAAUGCCGGGGGUUUAGUACCAAACGGCCCGACGGGGCCAUGGUCACGUCGAUACCCGAUGAGAGUCUUGAACCCCGUGAGUUUCACGGAGUCGUAUAUCUGGCUCGAAUGCCGCGACUAUGAGCGCGACGACCGGUUCAUGGAGCUUUGGGCGAAUAUGCUUCACGAAUUGUAUGACGAUGCGAUUUUCAAGAAGUGCCUGCGGCCCCGGUUCAUGCCGGUUUGGGAGGGAUAUGUUGCGAAUCGGACCCUUGAGCCCGGACGGCCGCAUCCGUAUCUCCCGCUGCUGGACUUGAGGGAUGAGAUGAUUGAGAAUGGCGAGUUGCCUGCGAAUUUACCGGUUGCUGAUAGGAGUAUGUGGUAUUUUAAUUAA